GAAAAUUGCAACGCCAGGAUCUCAGGGUAUGUCGUUCUUCGUUCCCCGACAAGCUGCCUGGCCUGCUCGGCCUGCCCGGCCAAGGCGGCACGGCUCCCGGCGCCGGCGCCGGCACCGCGCCCGCCGGGCUGCUGGGGCUGCCGGGCAUGCCGGGCAUGCCGCAAUUCGGCAAGGCGGCUGGGCUCCCGUCCCUGCCGGGCCUGCUCGGGCUGCCUGGCAUGCCGCCGCUCGGCAAGGCGGGCCUGCCCGGCCUGCCGCCCCCGGGCGCGGACCCGAAGGCGGCGGCCAUGGCCGCGCUGGCCGGCAGCAUGCCGGGGCUCGGGCUGGGCCUGACGCUCCCGGGGCUGCCCCCGCCCGGGGCCGACCCGCGGGCUGCGGCCAUGGCGAUGCUGGCGAAGGGCGGCGGGCUGCCCGCCGGGCCGCCCGGGCUGGGGGGCCUGCCGAGGCCGGGCAUGGCCGCCUCGGGCUCCACGCCGAAGGGCGGCGGCGCCAUGGCGCCGUGA